AUGACUAAUCUGAAGGCCAUCAUCGAGCGAAACUCGAGCAACUUGAUCCGCCGGUUGAGCAAGCCCAAGGAAGAACUAGAAAAGGAGAAGAAGAUCAAAAAAGAACAUCGAAAGAAGGGCAAAAAUAGCAAGAUUGCUCUGGAGUCCACCAGCAUCAUGCAGAAGUGGCUGCUCGAAAAUUUCCAUGAUCCUUACCCCACCCAAGUCAAGAAACAGGAAAUGGCGAGGGAGUCCAAGCUCACGGUCUAUCAGGUCAACAACUGGUUCAUCAAUGCCCGAGAAAGAGUCAUCAAACGCUUCCUCAAGAAGGAUCUGAAGGAGACACAAAGGACUCUCUCCAAAAGCGAAGAGGAAGAAGAAGACUCCUGA